AUGCGAGAACGUUCACACCGAUGAUGAAUUUUCGUAACAAAAAUCAUUGGAAUUCGCGGUAAUUUGCCAAUUUCGAUUUGUUUAUUUCCGUAUGUUGCGGCGUUAUCUCAUGUGUGUAAACACUCGAGCUACGUUGGAGCGCGUCUGGAAGUGCAGGAGGAAGAGCGAGAUAGGGAAUGCUUGGGAAUCGGGUAUCUCGGCUCUAUCGGAGAGACUUUGCCGGGGUCUUAUCAGAGAGCCUCUGGAUAGUAUAUAAAAUAAGUGUCAAAGAUAAUUCGAAUUUAGUCGGUGCAUACCAAUUUACAGAGAUCGUACAUCUCAUUCGAUACACUGAAAAAUUGACUGAAAGAAAGUUGUUUUUUUCUUUCUUUCUUUCUUUCUAAUUCUUUUUGUUGUGUGAAUAUGGAAAUUCGCACUUUCCUAUUGGUAGUGCACAAGAUUUCAUCAAGCAAUUAAAUCUUCUAACAAAGUAUUAGUACAAAUUGUUUACAGUAAAUUACAAAUAACCAAUAGAGAACAAGGAAACGCGGCAAGAUGAGAGACUUAAUUAGAAGUUAUAAGAUGAUAUUGAAGAGAAAGCCAUCAGUUUCCGAUGACUCAGAUGGGGAAUCCCAACCAUUGAUGAGUUCCGCAUCAUCAUCAUCAACCAGUUUUGGGACCAUUCGAGAAAUUGGAAUGUUUCAACACGAUUCGGACUCUUCGAGUUAUGAACAGAUGACAACUGAAGAGAAACCUUCUUCGAUAAAUGCAACACCACCAAAAUCUUUCCUAAGAAGACCAUUUUGUUAUCCAAGCGUGCACGAUUCCCCGGUGAUCGACAUCUACACAGCGAACGAGCACAUCCUUGACCGUUACCAGUUCUUCACGAAAGCCUCAGGAUGCAUCGUCGACAAUUCUCUGAGUCCAAAAUCACCAAUGAUUUCACCAUAUAAAAAUUUGGACAAUAUCGAGGAACAACCUUCGAGGGAGACUACCCAAAGCUCUUUGGUCACCAUUUUUGCUAUUUGGAAUACAAUAAUGGGAACAUCGAUCUUGGCGAUGUCCUGGGGUUUGGCGAAAGCCGGUUUCAUUCCUGGUAUUAUAUUGAUCCUGUUCGUGUCUGGCAUUUGCCUGUACACAGCUUACAUCAUCCUUCAAGUGAACAAUAGACACGGAUUCGGAAGCAACGACGUUUCAGAUAUAUGCAGAUCACUAAUAGGACCUUGGGCCGCGAUUGUAGCGAAAAUAUUUUCGUUAAUAGUGCUGAUCGGAGCUUGCAUAGUCUAUUGGAUUCUGAUGUCGAACUUUCUCUACAACUCCGUUCAUUUUAUUUAUGGUUACAUUGAUCAUUUGGAUGUCAUCAUCGUGAAGAACGACACUGUGAUAUGUCCAAAGGAUUUGAACGAAACUUCUUCGAGUUAUCCCAACACCCCAAACCACGUGAUCUUCGAUAACGUCUGGGAUCUGUACACUACUGUACCGAUAUUCCUGGCGUUCAUCCUGUUCCCUUUGUUGAACUUCAAAAGUCCAACUUUCUUCACGAAAUUCAACAGUUUAGGCACGAUAAGCGUUGUCUAUUUGCUGAUCUUCGUGAGUGUAAAAGCUUACAGUUGGGGUGUCAACAUCAACGAUUGGAAAGCGGAUGUUUUCACGAUCAAAUCCACGUUUUGCGCUUUGAGUGGGAUGCUCUCAUUAAGUUACUUCAUCCACAACAUCAUCGUAUCCAUAGUUAAAAACAACAAGAGACAAGAGAAUAACGCUCGUGACUUAAGUAUCGCCUACUGCUUAGUGACCUUCACUUACUUAUUCAUAGGCUGUGUCUUCUAUAUCUCAUUUCCCUUAGCCAAAUCAUGUAUAGAAGACAAUAUCUUGAAUAAUUUUGAGAAAUACGACAAGUUGAGUAUUAUAGCUCGGAUGCUUCUCCUCUUCCAACUCUUCACAGUUUUUCCACUGAUUGCCUUCAUGUUGCGUAAAGACAUUUUGAACAAUCUUGCGGCGAUCUUCAAGAACGGCAGGUUCGGUGAAUUCAGCUACGGAAAAGUGAUCUUGCUCAACUUGUUAGUUGUUAUCAUUUGUAUCCUCUUCGCCUGCUUCCUGCCGAGAAUUGGAACAUUGAUUAGAUAUACCGGUGCUUUAAGUGGGAUGGUGUACAUCUUCACUUUACCCAGUUUACUGAAGAUCUUCUCUUUGAGAAAAGAUAACGCUCUGACGCCGUUCCAGCUGAUCUUCCACAUCGUGAUUAUUAUCGUAGGUGCUUUGAAUUUGGUCUCGCAAUUCUUCAUCGUCGAAUGAAGUUUUUCGAUGAAAAAAAUAAUUUAUUUACAAUUUUUGAUUGGAUCAAAAUGGGCAUAAACACGAUAAUAUAAUAUAGUAAUAAUUAAGAGAAAAAAAAUUGACCAAAUCAUACUCAAUUUAGACAUUAGUUAAAACUGUGUUGUUUCUUGUAAUUAAUUUAGUUUCUAAAAGAAAACCUAAUUGACU